UGUGUCUCGCGUCUCCUGCUCAUGCUGCGUCCGGCCACCUCCUGCGGUGGCCGCUGCUGAGGCUCUCGCUCGGGCCGCGGCGCGCGGUGCAGACGGGACUAUGGGGAACGGGAUGUGUUCCCGCAAGCAGAAGCGGAUCUUCCAGACGCUGCUGCUGCUGACCGUGGUGUUUGGCUUUCUCUACGGCGCGAUGCUCUACUACGAGCUGCAGACGCAGCUGCGCAAAGCCGAGGCGGUGGCGCUCAAGUACCAGCAGCACCAGGAGUCCCUGUCCGCCCAACUGCAAGUUGUGUAUGAACACAGAUCAAGAUUAGAAAAAUCAUUGCAAAAGGAAAGACUUGAACACAAGAAAGCCAAGGAAGAUUUUCUUGUUUACAAGUUAGAAGCACAAGAAACCCUAAAUAAAGGAAGGCAAGAUUCCAACAGCAGAUACAGUGCAUUGAGUGUGCAGCAUCAAAUGUUGAAAAGCCAACACGAGGAGCUGAAGAAGCAGCACAGCGACCUGGAAGAGGAGCAUCGCAAGCAAGGGGAAGACUUCAGUAGAACGUUUAAUGACCACAAGCAGAAAUACUUGCAGCUUCAGCAAGAAAAAGAGCAAGAACUUUCUAAGCUGAAAGAAACGGUGUACAAUUUGAGAGAAGAGAAUAGACAGCUAAGGAAAGCACACCAGGACAUACACACACAGCUUCAGGAUGUCAAGCAACAGCAUAAGAAUUUACUCUCCGAACAUGAACAACUUGUAGUGACUUUGGAAGACCACAAGAGUGCACUAGCUGCUGCACAGACCCAAGUUGCGGAAUAUAAGCAACUGAAAGAUACUCUGAACAGGAUUCCAAGCUUUCGAAAGCCUGACCCAGCAGAGCAGCAGAACGUUAGCCCUACCCAAGCGGCACAUCCCCCACAGGGUUACAACGAAGCAAGGGCGAGGCCAUCUGCAGAACCGCGGGAGGUGUCUCGACAUAAUGACAUGUGGCCGAAGCAGCAAGCAGUUCCUGGAAGAAGAGAAGACACGAACUCUUCUCCCACCCAGAGGGAGGCAGAACGUCAGGCCCCUGCAGAGCCCAACCGGCAAGAAGCAGAGCGCAGAGAGGCUGAGGAGCGCGGGGUGGAAGAGGAGCACAGAAAGGCCCUGGCCGAGGAGGAGAUGGAGCAGGUCGGGCAGGCGGAGCGCCUGGAGGAGGAACACGACCCAGCACCAGAGGAGCAGGGCCAGGAGUGGAAAGAACAGCGUGCACCACAGGAAGCAGCCGGCCUUCAGGAGGGGCGUGCUCACGCGGAGGUGUAUCCAUCAGCCCAGUCCAGGACCAGAGUGCGAUCCCCGUAUGAGGAGCAGCUGGAGCAGCGGAGGCUGGCGGCGCAGCAGGCGGAGGAGGCCCAGCGGCUGCGGGAGCACCAGGAAGCCCUGCACCAGCAGAGGCUGCAGGAACACUUGUUGCGCCAGCGGCAGCAGCAGCAGCAGCUUCAGCAGCAGCAACAGCAGCAGCUGCUUCUGGCCAGAGAGAGGGCUCGGCAGAGGCAGACCGAGCAUGAAGACGGCUUGCAGCAGCGCCAGGAGCAGCUCCGGCAGCAAGCUCACUAUGAUGCUAUGGAUAAUGAUAUCGUUCAAGGAGCGGAGGAUCAGGCAACCCAGGAAGAGGAAGGAGGUGCCUACGAAAGAGACAACCCGCACCAAGAUGAAGCAGAGGGAGAGCCAGGAAACAGACAGGAGCCUGGAGAGCAAGGACCUCAGGAAGCCGACCCCGAUUUGGAGGCAGAUAGGGCAGCUGUUGAGGAGAUAAACCCAGCAGAUGACCCCAAUAAUCAAGGGGAAGAUGAAUUUGAGGAAGCUGAGCAAGUGAGAGAAGAAAACCUGCCAGACGAAAAUGAAGAGCACAAGCAUAGCAGUCAGAAGCGAGAGAACGCAGAGAUGGAGGAGCGUCUGGGGAUGGCAGGAAAUCCAGACCAGCAAGAGGAUAAUGUGGAUGAACAGUACCAGGAAGAGGGAGAAGAGGAGGUCCAGGAAGAUUUGACUGAAGAAAAGAAAAGAGAAUUGGAGCGUAAUGCUGAAGAGACCUACGGUGAAAAUGAAGAAAACGCCGAUGAUAAAAACAAUGAUGGAGAAGAACAGGACGUGCGCGAUGACAACCGCCCCAAAGGCCGAGAAGAACACUAUGAGGUGGAGGAAGAGGAGGAAGACGGGGCUGCCCUUGCGGAGAAGUCACACCGGAGAGCUGAAAUGUAGCUGUGUCCAAUUUCCAGACAGCGCUCAGCCCGUGCAUUCUUUUCAAGCUGCUCAAGAAGAAACCUGCCUACUGAACUCUAGGAUAUUUAAUUACAAAAAAAAUGAGAACUUAGAAUUUUUUUUUAACUUUUGUAUUAGAAAUGCUCAUACAUUUAUAUGAAUAUAUUUUGAUAACUUAGGGUAGAGUUUCUUUUAUAUAAAAGCUAAACAUGAACGAGAAGCAAUUAAGCAAACCUCCCGCCCUGAAUCUAAUUUUUCAUAGAUUCUGUCAUGUUGGAAAGAACGUGGAUUUUGUAUAUGUUUUGACUUGUUACCUUUCUAGCUUCUGGUUCCAAGAGUUCUGUUGUUUGCCUUUGAUACAGGAUUUCACAACAGGGAGUGUACUGUAAAACGCUGUAAAGACUUAGAGGAGAAUGUCUGGUUUACUAAUUGUAUUUUUGUGUAUAGUUCUCAUAGGAUUUUCCCCAGUGUGUGUGGCUCUGGAAUGAGACCCAUGGGCACAGUGGCAUACAGGUGGAGGGCCAUUUCUGUUGCACAGUAAAGACUGUUUCUGACAUUGUUCAGAACAGUUAGAAAAACAGUGAACAUUACUGAAAAGCACAGCUGUUCUGCUUGAGAGCCAUUGCCUUUGAAAGUGAGAUGGUUCCAAAACUCACUGUGGCAGUACUUAAUCAGCUACUUAAGUGUUCAAACAAGGUUUGGCGCAUCAGUAUACUAACCUUUCUGGGGGACCGAUGAUUUGUUUAAAAACUAAUUUAGUGGGUAUGGGUGGUGUUUUCUACAUGAGCACCCAUUCACAAUAUUUUUUUCCUCUGCAGGCACCUAAUGAUAUCCAUUUCAGCAUCUAAUUCUCUAAUGUAUUUUUCUCCUUUAAGCUCUAUGCUUCAUUCACUAUGUAAUCACUUUGAUAACAAGUAUGAAUAUGAAGGCAUACCAAACGGCACAAUUUAAUAGAACUAUUUUUCAAGACUAUAUAGUGAAAUAUAUAUGUGGAAAUAUGAUCGACUCUCAUGAUCUUCCUGUUUGCUAGCACUGGGUCUGCUUUUUGUGUAUGUAUAAGGCAUUUUAAUGAUUAUGAAUUAUAAUAAAUCCCUUAAAAGAAAAUUAAAAUUCAAAAAUUCCCUUUGAAAUAGAGACAUAUUUCUGUCUCCAGAAUAAAGAUUUUUGAAUAUAUAGAAUUGGGCUAUAUAUUCAUAUGUGUGUGGUUUUACAGCAAUACUCUCAAAUUAAUAAAAGCAAAUUUCAUUUUAUACCCUUAUUGUAUGAGUGUAAUUUUAUUUUUUAAUGACCACACUUGUGUAUGGUUUUGGUUAUUCCAGUUGAGUGAUUGUGUAUGUAUGCAUAGGAAUGUUUUGUUCAAGUAAAUUUUGGGUUUCCAAUAAUCAUAAAUCAAAUCUUACCUUUAUGUAUAAAAAUCCUUUAUGUAAUGUAAAAUGUAUUAUAUUGUAUAUAAUAUUCAGAAUACAAUUAUUUUGGUAAAUUUGUUUGUAUUUUUAAUGUCCCAGUUGCAGUAUUUAAUUAUUUGAAACAUAUUGAAACUUGGUAAUAGUCAAUAAAGCUAUAAAAAAAUGAUAAAUCUUUCAAA